UACUUUCGGUUUAUUAUACGUUUUCUUUACUGCGCAUGCGCACUAAUGCAUGCGGGAAGCAAUUCUAAGGAAAACAAUGUGAACACAUUUAAUAAAUUCUAGUCAGAUUGUAUUGAACCUUUUGGUUAUUCUUACCUCUGGUCACACAAAUAUAGCUUGGCACAUAAGAUUGACUGCUGAAUAUUAAAGGAAAAAUGUCGUCAGACACGGCUACUAAGUCAGAGCCUAUGGAUGUCAAACCCUCUCCCACUGCAGUGUCAGAUACUUCUUCCCUGACAGCGGGUCUUCCUUCAAAUAACUCCUUGGCUACAACCCCAAAAUCACAGUCACUUAAGCCCAACUACUCAUUGAAGUUUACAUUAGCUGGCCAUACAAAAGCUGUGUCCUCUGUCAAGUUCAGUCCAAGUGGAGAAUGGCUGGCCAGUUCUUCUGCUGAUAAACUUAUAAAAAUCUGGGGUGCAUACGACGGCAAAUUUGAAAAGACAAUAAGUGGCCAUAAACUGGGAAUUUCUGAUGUUUCCUGGUCAACCGACAGUAAACUGUUGUGCAGUGCUUCGGACGAUAAAACACUCAAAAUUUGGGACUUCGCCUCGGGUAAAAGUAUGAAGACCCUCAAGGGGCACAGUAACUAUGUGUUCUGCUGUAAUUUCAACCCACAGUCCAAUCUUAUAGUCUCGGGAUCAUUUGAUGAGAGUGUUCGUAUCUGGGACGUGAAGACAGGCAAGUGCCUGAAGACAUUACCCGCCCACUCAGACCCUGUCACUGCUGUACAUUUCAACAGGGAUGGCUCCCUAAUUGUCUCCAGUAGCUAUGAUGGACUAUGUCGAAUAUGGGACACCGCCUCUGGCCAGUGUUUGAAGACGUUGAUAGAUGAUGAUAACCCACCCGUCUCAUUUGUGAAGUUCUCCCCUAAUGGCAAAUACAUACUCGCAGCAACACUUGACAACACCUUAAAAUUGUGGGAUUACAGUAAAGGAAAGUGUUUGAAAACAUAUACGGGUCACAAGAAUGAGAAGUACUGUAUAUUUGCAAACUUCUCCGUGACAGGAGGAAAGUGGAUUGUGUCAGGGUCCGAGGACAACAUGGUCUACAUUUGGAAUCUCCAAACCAAGGAAAUUGUACAGAAACUCCAGGGACACACAGAUGUGGUUCUGUGCUGUGCCUGCCACCCAACAGAGAACAUUAUUGCAUCUGCAGCCCUGGAGAAUGAUAAGACAAUAAAACUCUGGAAGAGUGAUGUAUAGCCACGCGCUUGUGUAUAGUUUCUGAUUGUACUCCAUUGAUCAUUUCUUGUUUUUAUGGGUCAAUUUCUUGUCAUGCAAAUUCAAUAAUUAUUAUCAAUGUUUUAUCUUUUUCGUUGUAUGACACGAAACAAACCAUCAGAUUAUUAUCAGAAAUUAUGUGUUGUCAAGUAGAUUCCUUAUUGUAAUAUUGUUGGGUUUAGUUGCAUCAUAUAUAAGAUCAUGUGUACAGGAACUGAAAUAAUAAAAAUAAGACAGUAUGCAUUGUUUAUUAUAGAGUUACAGUCAUAGAUUUGUGGAUAGUCAAGGGUAAAUUUGAUAUUAGAUAGAUUUUGGGCAUUAAAGACAGCGGUAUGUCAUUGGACAAUUGUUUCUGUGCAAUAUCAAGAAAACAAUUUGACCUUCAAUAAAGGAAAUGGUAUGGUGUUAACUUGGAUGGAAAAAAAAGACAGCCAUUUAUUUUGAGGUCAACAGGUCAAAUGUCAAGGUCUUAGGGACAUGUAACAGUAAGUCUGUUUCUGCUCAAUAUCUUAAGAAUGCUUUGAUCUAUGAUCAAUCAACUUGGUGACAGAAAAUGGUUUUGGCACUAUAUUUUAGAACUCUCUGACCGAUGAUCCUGAAAAUUGGUAAAGUGGCUACUUGCCAUGAAAAGAAGAUGCAUGUUGAAUUUAUUGUCACUGGGUUGAAGGUCCAGGUCACUUCAGCUUUUGUCAAGAAAAUAGUUUAGGCAUGAUAUCUUAAGAACGCUUUGACAUACUAUCAUAUAAAUUGAUAUGCCGAUUACUUGGUAGACUAUAAUGACGCUUAUCAAUUCUAAGGUCAACAUAUUAAAGAUCAAGGUCACAGGGCAUGUAACCGGAAACUCGUUUCAGAACAAUAUCUUAAGAACACUUGCCUAUGAUCAUGGGCAAUGGCAUAGUGAUAACUUUGGUGGAAAUUUGAGGAGUAAGGUCAAGUUCACAGGUGCUUCAAUGAUGAUUAAAAUUAUUAUGCAGUUUCUUUUUAGGACAGAAAGAUGCCUAUUGAUAAUGAGGUCUACAGGUCAAACAUCAAGGUCACAUGUGCUUGUAACAUAAAAAUAGCCUGCACACCAUACCUAGAGAAUUCUCAAGUUGAUAUAUGCUGGCAUCUGGUUGGUUUUUACAAAGGAUUACCCUUCAUGGCUUUUAAAUCACGAUAAUGAAGGUAAAGUUUACAGAAUGAGUUUCUGCAUGUUCAGGGCAUACCUGCUUUACAAACAUCUCGUGUUAAAUUAUUGUUUGUAAUAAUCACUGUAAAAACGUUUACAAGAAAAAUAACUGAUUCCUGGAAAUGCAAUCUGCAACCUUGUAGGAUGUUGAACUUAUAUUUUAUGCAACUGAACACUCUUUUAGUGUAAAAAUAUUCAUUUUAUAAACAUUAAAAUGAAUUCAUAAUUCUGAAUGAAAUAAGCACUCUAUUCUGAUCAUUCUUGAAAAGGUUUAUAGUUAUACAUGAUAUGAACUUAUCAAUUUUCUGUGUUCAAACACUGGCCCGUUGGUGAAUGAAACAACACAUUUUAGACAGCUGUUGUUAGAUAUUUUUUAUCCAUUUUCUGACAUUCUGCAAUAAAUCGUAAUUCAUGUUUGCAACUUCUUGUUUCUUUGACUUUUAUUAAAUAAAAUGAAAUACAUGC